GGGACUGGGAAUAACGGAGCAAAAUGAAUGGCUGUUAGUGUGUGUAUCGGGGUUUCGAGUAACCUUUCAGAAGUUGAGAUAAAAGUGUUUUGUUUUUUUUGUUUAUUGGUUAUGGUCAAUUUUAGGGGUUGAUUAAACUUGAACAGUGUGUUCUGGCGGUUUUAGAUAGAAUUCUUUGUUCCGGGACGGAUGGGAGUUACCCAAAAUAAAUAAAUUAAAGGAGCCAUGAGAGAAUGCGAAUGCAUUUUUAUUAAAUAUCGGGGAUUAAAUUACGGAUUCCUUACACUGAGAAAUGCACGACAUUUGCGGCAGAGGGAAAAAGUAAUGCAUUGGAUAAUAAUGUUAUCGGGUUAAUUGUAUCUAAGGGUAACAUGUUCAUUUAAGUAAACAUAUACAUUUACGGUGUUUAAAAUUUAUGAUUAAUGAUUUUAGUUAAAGGGGAAUCAUCAUUAGGUUUAGUUUAUAGUUCACUUUUGAGUUUCUGAAUCGGAAUUAGCAUAGCGAAUGCUAGUUAGAAGUGUUGUGUUCUUCUGGGAAAAUGGAUGUUUAAAGGGUCUCAAUUUUAGAUGUUUCCUGGGAUUAUAACCUGGGGGAGAGAGCAGCUAUAAACGACCAAAUUGAAAAAGGUCUGCAAAUAUAUACACAUAAAACAAUUGUUAGAACUAUUUGUUUUAGUGCAAGGGUAUUUUAAAGAGGCACGCUCACAUAUGGAACCUUAUGAGAUGUUAUUUUAUGGGUUUUAAUUACACAGGUGACUAUUUCUAUUGUAAGGAUAAAGGGUUCUUUAUGUCUAAUAUGGUAUGACCUUUUGACCUUAUCAUGACUGUCUUCUGAGGUCUGAUCAGCCUCAGGGGAGAGUCAUUUGUAUAAUGAAUGGGGUCAUAUUGAGUUACUAGUUUUAAGGUAAAUUCAUUAGAAAUGAAGAAGUUUUGGUUGAGGGGUUAGAAUUACUGUUUGAACCGCAAAUGAGAAAGUGGUUCAGGAUUCUGUCUUAUAACAUUAGCUGGGAAGUUUUUUGAAUGGGCAAUUAGUUAUUUGGUAUUGUAACAGAGAGAAAGUCAUAUUUAUCAUUGAGAAUAAAUAGGGGAAGAUAACAACAUAUUUUGAGCCAACAGGGCAGGGAAGAAAUUGAGAUAUUUUUGUUUGGUUUUAACACCUGUGUACAGGAGUGUCAAAAGACGGGGGACAUUACCUGUGUAAUGGGGGAGGGUGUCCGUAUGGGGAUUACAUGAUAACCAACUUGAGACAGUUCUGGGAUUGGAGAAGAGGAUAUCCUUAUAGCAUAGGGGAUCCCACAAAGGUGGAUUGGUUUUCCAUGAUACGGGGGAAACCUGGGAGCCCUGUUGAACUUUGUAAAGGUGAUGAAAUCCUACUAACCAUCAAAACUAUUAAGCUCUCUGAUGCAGGCACUUACACCCUCGUACUACAAAGGACCGGGACAGACAAGAUGGGUGUGUUUUCUGAUCAAUUAGGCACGGAGACUGGUUUUGAUGGUAGGGACAAUUUGUGGCUGUCUUAUACAGAAUAGACUUGCUUUGGAUAUGCUUCUUGCCAGUCAGGGGGGCGUCUGCAAGAUGUUCGGUGAACAAUGUUGCACGUAUAUUCCUAAUAACACCAGUCCAGAUGGUAGUAUAUCUAAGGCCCUUAAUGGGCUUGAUGCACUAUCUGCUGAGAUGAGGACCAUGGCGGGGGUGGAGGAGUCUGGACUGUUCUCUUGGUUGGGAGCCUGGUUUGGUAAGUACACUGGUAGGGUGGUUACUGGAUUUCUGACCCUAAUUCUUGUAUUUUUGUUAUUGAUGUGUUGUGCUGCUUGCAUCAUACCGUGUUUUAAGAAGUCUGUUACAGAUGUGGUGAAGGCUUCAGGCAUGAUGCCUUUGCUUGAUGCUCCAGUUGGAGAUGCUGAUACUGAAGCAUGCUUUCAGGGGAGGAUGAGACUGACUGAGUAUGACCCAUGUAUGUUUGUUCUCCCUGUUGUGAAGGGUGGCAUGAUGCCCACCUGGUGCAGGAUAGGAGUAGCUGAGAGGACCAGAUGGUUUAUAAUAAUGCUUUGCUCUGCUUUACUCUGUUUUCCAUGACCAAAGUUUUAUUCCACACUUUGCAACACAUAUUCUAAAACUCAAUGAUUUUAGAUAAAGCCAAACAGUGAGACACGUAGUUCAAAUUUGGAAUCAUGAGAAACAGAGCUACAGACAGACAGGGGAAAAGGCAGACAGAAGAGCCCUCCCCCGCACUGCAGAGACCUUGAAGGUUGGAGAGCAGAGAGAAGUUUUAGAAGGGGAGCCAGGACGAGCAAAGAUAACAUAAUGUGUAGAUAACAGUUACUGAGUGGAGACAAAAGCGAGAAUUGGACAUGUGGAAAAUGAAAGGGGCGCUCCUAAAUGAUAAUGUCAGAACAGAAGGAUAAUAUACUAAAUCUUACCUAAGUCAUUGUUUAAGAAUAAGGCAAGGUUGUUACCUGGGCAGAGCCAGGUAACAAAGGGGGGAUGGGUAAAUGGUGUUCUAGAAUAGGAUGUGACCUACGGGAUAAUUAACUGAUUAAAAAAAAAAAUUUUAGCUAAUAAAUGAGAAACUGUUUGUUAACCUCUGUAUGUCCAAGAUUUUAUGCACUACAGGUGAAAUACAGGUGAAGUCACUCAAUCCAGUCCCAUAGGCCUGUCGGGGGGACCAUACCAAGAACUCCUGGUGACAGCAAGCUGAAAGAGCUACCCGGAUUCAUAUCGCACUGCGGGAGGGUAAGGCACAUUUGACACUGUCGAACAAUAACAGAGUUCGAGAGGAGAACUGGAAUUAACAGAAUUCUGGGGGCCAUCUGUCGAAUGAAAAAUACCUUACCUGUCCUUUCCUCACUGUUGUUGUUCAUAGAAGUGAAGAUGUGUCUGGCUCUUGCUAAGCGAUGUGUUCUAGGGGAGAGGGUGGGGCUUCACAUGGAAGCUGUUCGUCUGAGCUGUCUUAUCGUGGGGGACAUAUUCCUGAUACAGCACGUCCUACUCGAGUAUGCAGAGAGUGGUAAUUUGACCCAUGGUUUAGACGAUGAGGAGUUUGUUCCAAAAUAAAAGAGAUAUCGGUGCAGGUUCCCAUAUUGAUCGUGGACACAAGUCAUAGCUCAUGUGGAGAGAGAGGGCUAUAUGAAUCCACUCACUCAGUAUGGAAGAAGGUAGAGUAGACUGAAGGUGAGUGUUUUUGAUUGUAAUCUGGAGAGAGGGAUGCAUUGCAUAAAGAUAAGCCUAACCCUCUAAACAGUAAUGAAGGAGAAUCUAGGGUUGUGGUAUGACGGAGAUGACCAGGUCUUGGUCGACACCCUAGUACGGUUCAGGGUAGAGGAGUUUGGGCUGGUAUGGUAAAGCUGUUCACGAAAGCAGGAAUGCCAGAUAAUGACAGUUGUAUUGAUUUGCACUAUUUAAAUCCCCAGGUUCCUCCCUUUACAGUGACCGGAGGAGAUUAUUACCGUUUGGCCCGGUACAGUACUCUUGGGAAAUGAUGUCAGGGUGAGGUUUUACCAACAGAUUGGACAGGAUUAUGCUCCAUUGUAAUGCCUUUGACACUCAUUCAACACCAAGACAUGAAGUAUAGCCAAACGGGAGAAAAGAGCUAUUCCAUCCGGGUCUCUUAUUGACUGAUAACAUUGGGGUUCCAAGGGAGGUGCCAGAUGAGUCAAAGCAAGAAAUCAGAUCCUAGCAGGAUUAGAGUUAAGCAUUUCCGGGGCUCUACUCUCAUAAGAACGUGGACUGGAAUCAUUAUAUUUAUGAUAAUCAACAGCGCUUUAACAGGUAUACCAGAGAUGUUAUUAAAGGUUUUGUAGAACAGACUGAAGCAACCAGCUGGAAGGCUUGGCAGAAUAGAAUUGCAUUAGAUAUGUUAAUGGCUGAAAAGGGAGAAGUAUGUGUGAUAAUCAGGACCAUGUUUGUGCUUACAUCCCAAGUAACACAGCUCCGGACGAAUCAGUGCCCGAAGCCUCAGCUGGUUUGACCACCCUGGCUCAUGAGUUGGCAGAAACUCUGGGGUGGAUACUUCUCUGAACUAAAUUGGGUUGACAGUGUGUAUGGAAAAAUGUUGUGUUAUGGGCUACCUUCACCUGUGUGACUGUGUUAGUUUUGUACGGACGUGGUUGAUUGCGUGUAUGUAUGGAAGUUAUUAUUUCCAGGACUCUGGAGUAAUAUAUGACAAUAGAUGAUGCGGUGUGGGACUGAAUGCCUGACUACAGGACAAGUGGACAAAUCUGGAUCUUUCAUCAUUGGGGAAUUUAUGUUUGAUGAGACUAGUGUUGAGGAUAGAAUUAGAUUGUACUUUGUUUCAAUAUUAGACUGUUUUUUAAUAAAGAUUGUAACAAAAAUCCUGUUAAGAAGAGUUAUAAUUCUGAUGUAGGUUUAAGGGUUAAAUUAAGGUUAGAUUUGAUUAAUGAUGGGUGAAGAGUCGGAUAAACAUUUAUAAUAAUGUUGGUUAUGUGUAUAUUCAUAUGAUAAUCUGAUAAACCUUUAAGUUUAUCAGAUUAGUUAGUAUGAGUAGGUUAAUAUUUUUAUUUUGUAGAUUUGAAUGUAUAAUAUUUGAUCAAAGGGAGGAUUGAUAGAGGAAAUUAUGGUUGACAUGACUAAUUAUGUAUACAUUCCAAUCAGAACUGACUAGCCAAAAUGCUAUAAUGUACUGUACAUGUGAAUUUUCUCUCUUGCUCCCAUUCCCAAAUGUAUAUAAUGUAGUCAGGAGUUUAGUAACAAUGAAGGUCUGUUCCUUAGUUCAUUCAGUUGUACAAUCUCCAGGUGGUGGGAACGGCCCAUCUCCAGACUGUCUAGAAUGUUGAUUUAUACUGACUGGCCUUGACGUCGUGCUGAUAACGCGAAGGCUCCAGAGCUAGAGGGCCCCUCUACUUGUGAAAUAGAUAGAAGGUUUAGAAAACGCUGACGUCAUUUUCAGUUUAUAACCUGUGGAAAUAUGUGUAUGCGGUUAGUACUCUCUUGUAAUAAACGCUGUUACCUUUGGCUUUUAAGACUGGUCUCGAUCUACUUCAUGCAUAAUUAAUGAAUUUACAACUCAUUAAUGAAUUAGAAAUGAGUGCGAAUUGGUUUUGGCAAUAAAACAUACAGGAAUUUAGAAUGCCUCUAUCACCGUUUACGAAGCCUGACCAGAAGACCGCUCAGUCUGCCCCUUCCGCUUGGCCGUUGUUUUCGGUCAAUUGCUGAGAUUAGAUACAUUGUCCUGGGUGGUGGUCCGAAGAGAGGAUCUGCUUCGGAAAGUCGUAUUCCUGGUCAUAAUGUUGGCCUGCAGGCAGCUGCAGGAAGCCACAAUGUCCAUGGCCCAGCAGCAGAACCAGGUGAUCCUCCAGUUCCGCUUCGGAACCUUCGGAGACUCUAUGCUGCAGAAGAUGAACCUGCUUCGCCGCCAGACCCGCUUCUGUGAUGUCACUGUGCGCAUCAAUGACCUGGAGGUCCCCGGACACAAGGUGGUGUUGGCUGCCGGUUCUCCCUUCCUCCGGGACCAGUUCUUUCUUCAGGACUCGUCCACGAGGGAGGUCCAGAUCUCCAUGACCCAGGAGGCAGAGGUGGGCCAGCGGCUGCUGCUGUCCUGCUACACAGGCACCCUGGAGCUGCCUGAGCUGGAGCUGGUCAACUACCUAACCGUGGCCAGCUUCCUCCAGAUGGGCCACGUGGUGGAGCAGUGCACCCAGGCUCUAAAGAAGUUCAUCCAGCCACGACACUGCCAAGUGAAACAGCAGCCUCAGGAGGAGGAAGGAGAUGGAGAGACUCUCAGAGCCUCUCCCAUCCAGAAAAUACAGGAGCUGCCCCAUGCCCAGGUAAUAAAUCGUGAGGAGGAUGAUGAUGAAGAUGAUGAUGUGAUAAUUCAGCCGAUGACCUCUACCCAGAGGCGAGACAGGGGUGAGGGCGAGGAGAGCCCCAUCACCAUCGUAAAGGUGGAGGCCAUUUGUGAGCGGGUGUCGGAGAUGUCUGAACGCUCCUCUGCUUCCAUUGCAGGGUGCUUCCACACCAGCCCCCCAUCGUCAUUACACUCCCCUGAGCCCCAGCACUCCCUAAUCAACUCCACCGUGGACACCCGGGCUGGUGAGAUGACCAUACCACAUAUGCCAGGAUACCCGCUCAGCCCCCCCCCACUACCCACCUCAGCCACAGGGAGACCUAAUCUGGGGGGGCACCUACGAAACUCAGACAAAUCUCUUCAGUGGUACCACCAGUGCCCAAAGUGUGCCCGUGUGUUCCGCCAGCUAGAGAACUACGCCAACCACCUCAAGAUGCACAAGCUGUUCAUGUGCCUGCUGUGUGGAAAGACGUUCACCCAGAAGGGUAACCUGCACCGGCACAUGCGGGUCCACGCUGGCAUCAAGCCCUUUCAAUGCAACAUAUGUGGCAAGACCUUCACUCAGAAAUGCUCUCUCCUGGACCACCAGAAUUUACACAGUGGAGACAAGCCCCAUCGCUGUAACUACUGCGACAUGGUGUUCGCACACAAGCCCGUGCUCCGCAAACAUCUCAAACAAAUCCACGGCAAGAACAGCUUUGACAACGCCAACGAGCGGAGUCUACUACAUGACGGGGUUCUUGAUUUUGAGUAUGGGCGUCUGCAGGACUGUAGCAUGGACAAUAGCAUGGACAAUAAGCCUGUUGUUAUGGAUGACUCUCUUUAGUGCUGUAUCACAUUUCAUUUCUGCUGAGUCAUAAAUGAAUAGAUGCGUAGUAGUGUUAGCUGAAUUGUAAACCGUAUUGUACGGUACUUGAAGGUACAACACUGAAUAUUAGAAUAAAAGUUACUGUAGACAUGUAUACAGUAUGUGUUCAUAUUUUAUAACAAUGUUAAUUUAGUGAAUGAGUUAACAUGAUAUUUAAAAAGCUGCCCUGAUUGUGUGGUGUCAUUUUUGUAAUACAUGUAAAUGCAUAUUUUAUUUAUGAAUAGACAACAGAAUGUGAAUCUGUUAGAUUUUUUUAUCAGAUUAAAAUAGCAAGCUUUAAAAAUGUGUAAUGCUGACAUUUCUGUUAAGUCACAACAAGUGUUCUUAAGUGAAAUGAGUGCCAAAAAUAUUACUGACAUGAUAAGUCCUCAGGAGGAUUGUUUUGGCUAAGGUAGCCCACAGUAGGACCAAAGUGAUGAUAGUGUGUCUUUAAAACAUCAUAUGUUAUUAUUGUCGAUUAAGCCUGUUUUGGAAAUGGGUAGACAAUAAAUGCUUGUAUCUUGUAUGAGGAUGUGACGUGGGUGAGAAUGAUGAGGAUGUUGUGUUUCUACCAUAUCAGAGGAGCAGACACCCAACAGGAAAACAAUUACAUUACUUUAAGUGACCCUAAAAACUGAUCUAUUUGCAAUGUUAUUAGAUUGGUAGGUACAGGUUAAUUACAGUGUGUGUACACAUUGAUACGUAGUACGGGUAGUUUGGGCCCAACUGUCAAUUAGAAUUUAUUUGCAAAUUUAAUUGAUAGCCUACAAAGUCCAAACAGCUAUGGUUAGCUGUGCAACAAUGUAAGUACUAUGCAACAAUGUGUAUCUACACUGUAAUUACACUGUACAUAUCAAUGUAACCACCAUGUAAAACUAGUAUAUAUAUUUUUUUCAGCACAAUGGAACCAAACAAGUUACUGUAGUCAGCCUGUAAACCCAAAAGCAUUACUAUGCUUCCUACAGCAGAUGGAGCCAUUGUACACCAUGUAAUCUCACAACAUGAUGCGCUGUCUUUUGUAUUCUCUGAGAACACUACAUAUAAGUUACCCAUUGUUGUGGUUGUAUUACUGAUGUUACAGUACUGUAAUUCAAGAUUGUAAGAGGAUUUACAUUGAUGACCAUUCCCCAUGCCACAGCAUCAGGGUUAUUAUGAUAUAGUAAAUUAAUGUUUACACUAGUCUUUUUAUCUGCUCCAUUUAGAUAUCAAUAUACUAUUGUACUUCAUACCAUGCCUUAUGAAUAGAUGUAUUCACUGUCA